CCCACCCGGCCCCGCCCGCUGCCCAUCACCGCCGCGGGGCGCUGCUCGCACGUGGGGAGCGGUUAAACCGGAGCGGGGCGAAGGGGGACGGUGCGGGGCUGCCGGUGGCCAUGGAUGAACAGAAGGCGGUGAUAAAGGACACGGACAUGGGGGAGGAGAUGCAGCAGCAGGCUGUGCAGUGUGCCGUUUUGGCCAUAGAGAAGUACAGCGUUGAAAGAGAAAUCGCUGCCCUUAUAAAGAGGGAGUUUGAGAAGAUGUACAGCCCCACUUGGCACUGCGUCGUAGGAAGGAAGUUUGGCAGCUACGUGUCUCACGAGACCAAGCACUUCAUUUUCUUCCUGGUGCGUGGCCUCAACGUGCUCCUGUUCAAGGCUGGGUAGCGGCCACUGCUGGGAGCUGCGGUGCUGUGCA